UGCUCGUCAUGGUGGCCAGCUUCCUGUGCAACGGCGUCAUCUUCGGCGUCAUCAACUCGUACAGCGUCAUCUUCGAGCGCCUGCAGAAGCAGCUAGAGGAUGCCGGCGUCGAAAACGCGACCUCCAAGGCUUCCUCGGUGGGAUCGCUCACCAUCGGCGUCACCUUCCUGCUGUCGCCACUGGCGGGCGUGCUGGUGGACCGCUUCGGCAUCCGCCCCACCACCUUCGUGGGCGGCUUGCUCGCCGCGUCGGGCAUGUUCCUGUCCUCACUCUUCGUCGACUCGGUGACGGGGCUGUGCGUGACGUACGGGCUACUGUUCGGCGCGGGCGCGUCGCUGGCCUACACGCCGUCGCUGGUCAUCCUGGGCCACUACUUCUCGCGCUACUUGGGACUAGUGAACGGCUUCGUGACGGCCGGCAGCUCCGUUUUCACCGUGGUGAUGCCGUACGCGCUGGAGGGCCUGCUGGUGUCAGUGCAGCUGGAGGGGUGCCUGCAGUGUCUGGGCGGACUUAUGUCACUGCUCAUGUUCAGCGCGCUGCUCUUCAAACCUGCCAAGCACGACCCUGCGUCGGCGCCAGCGGUCAACGGCCAUUCCGCGGGCGAGGGCCGCCCCAGCGCGCAGCCGCGCACGCUGCGCCACAUGCUGGGACGCGUCUUCAACGUCAGCAUCUGGCACAACCGGAAGUAUGUCAUCUGGGCGCUGGCCGUGCCGGUGGCGCUCUUCGGAUAUUUCGUGCCCUAUGUACAUAUGGUUAAAUUUGUUGAGGAUAAAUUUAAAGGUGAAGAGGGUUUGCUUGAUGGAAAAAUUCUUAUUAUGUGUAUGGGUCUAACAUCUGGAUUAGGACGAUUAAUUUUUGGGAAGAUUGCAGACAUUCCCAAUGUAAACAGAAUCCUUCUUCAGCAGAUAUCAUUUAUCUCCAUUGGCGUGCUGACCAUGUUGCUACCAUUGGUAAACCAGUACAUUCUAUUGGUAGCUAUUGCUUUAGCUAUGGGUCUAUUUGAUGGGUGCUUUAUCAGUCUUUUAGGGCCCAUUGCAUUUGAAUUUUGUGGACAAAGUGGAGCAUCUCAGGCCAUUGGCUUUCUACUGGGAUUGUGCUCCAUACCAUUGACUGUGGGUCCACCCAUUGCAGGACUUAUUUAUGAUCACACAAAAUCGUACACACUGCCAUUUGUCCUGGCUGGAGUACCUCCCAUUGUUGGAUCUCUCGUUCUUUUCCUAGUGUGGUGUGUGAAGAAAGAGAGAACUGCUUGUGAUGUGGAACAUGGUGUCAUAACAGACAGUAAACAAAGUAUAGCAAAUGGUGACUGUCAUUCAGAUUCUACCCAGCAACCUCCUCCUCCUCCAAGCUAUAAGGAUGCUGUUACUACAGAUGAUCCCAUGGAGACAGUGCCUUUGACCUUGUCAAAAGCAAAUGAUGAUGAAUCAAAAGAAGAAGUAGAGGUAGCUGAAACACACCUAAAUGGAGACAUUGAGGCAGAUGAAGAAGCUGAAAUGUCUCUCCUGAGUGAGAUUACAAAGGCAAUGGUACUUCCCACUGGCUCAAUUGCGUAGCCAUGCACUUUAUAAGAGUCUGAGCCAGGGUAAGAAGGAAAGAGAGGACUAAUAUAUCCCUUUCCUUCGAAUAACUUUAUUUUGUAUUUAAGUUUUCGAUUAUUUUUAUAUCAGAACUGUGCCUCCACGAAUCUCCUGUUGUUACACCUUGCGUUAUUUUGUAAUUUUUCCAAAGUACUUGCCAUUUGGCAUCAUGAAUGGUUUGCAUAUGAAUGUGGUUGUGGUAAGCUUUUCUAAAACUUUCACUUUCUUUCACAUCUUAUUGUAUAUUGUAAGAUGUAAUAUUGUGAUCUUCUUGUAACAUUGAUAUGAAAGUUAUUAAUCAUUAUCAACAGAAUGUGGGUAAUAUUGAAUGUUCAUUUUGUCAAUUUAAAAAUAUUUAAUUUCAAUUUAUGUAUUAUGAUAUGCACAUAUGUUACAUCUUUAAUGUAAAAUAACAUUUUCUGUACUUUUACUUUCUGACUUUCGCAUCUGGAUAAACUUAAGAGAUUAAUACUCAAUUGAAAAAGUGUACAAGGUAUGUAAGUAAUGGAUGUGUUUUCCUGCAUGAAUGAAUUGCUUUCACAUUAUUUAUAGUGAUAUAAUUUUGAAAAUAUGAAUGAUAUUUUUCCAUUUGUGUGAUUACAUUCAUUCGGUUUUUGGUUGAUGGGAAUUAUCCUGGAUGAAUGAUUGAUGGGGGCAGGUCUCAUUGAGGAUAUGUUUCUUUGCAUACAAACGUAAAUAGAAUUACUAAUUCAUUGAACAUAUUCUUUGGAUCAAUUCAAAUAUAAUAUUUUAUUACAUUGUACAUAUUAGCUUUUAACAAUGUCUGUGGGAUGCAGUAGAUAGGCUGUGUUUCUACUGUUAUUGGAAUGCUGGGACUUACAACAAUCCAUUGAGCAGGUUCUCAGAGAAUGGAUUAUAAAUGCAUGAAUAUUUUUGUAAUUCUAUUUUUAAUAAAAGUCAUAAAAAUCAUCUUAAUGUCUGCAGAGAGUGGAAAAGUAUUUGUGUGACAUGAUUAAUGUCAGUUCUUAUCCAAUUUUUCAUUUAUCUUCCUUAGAUUCAGUCAAGAGUUUGAUCUGUAUUCAUGUAUGAGAGAUAAAGUUGAAGUGGAAAUGUUUGGAUAUUUCAUAUUCCAUUGGUGCUCAACUCAUGUUAUAUUGUUGAUUAGUAGAUAAAAAAUACCCAAUUGAAAGAUCUCUCUCAUGUAUCAUGCAAGAAAAUGCUGCCAAGUGUUAUUGGUAUUCAUAAUAGUUCAUUUAAAAUUCACAUUAUAUAAAGAAUUUAAAUUUAAAAUAAAGAAAAUGGAGGGUUCUAGAAUAAAAUUUGUUUUUUUUAUCAUUGAAAAUGUUCACUAAGAAGAGAAGUAAGCAAAAAAAAGUGAAUAUUUCCGUAGCAAAAUUAAUUUUGGAAAAGAACCAAGCAAAAACCUAAUUGACAAUAUUUCAUUUUGUGAAUGUUUGACAAACUUCUUUACAACAACCUUUUUAUUACUGUGAACUCAGAGAACUGUAAAUAAUGACAAAAAAUGUAUGCAGUUUGUAAUAAUUCUAGUAACGCAAUAGUGGACUGGAAAAAAAAUGUUUUUCUAAUAUCUUAUACAAUAAUUACAUGCAAAUUGUAUGAUUAUGACCAUCUGAGAAUCUUAUGUGAAUAAUUUAUGGUGAAAUGUAUAUGUAAUAUUAAGACAUAGCUGUUAUUAUAGAAAAUAUAGUUACCAAGGUUCCUCAGUCCUUCAUCAGUAGAAGUUUCAAACUUAUAAAUCACCUGUUCUUGAUUGGUUUUGGAAUUUUUUUAUUCACCAGUCUUUCAGAAAACAGCUUAGUGCAAUAAUAUGUUUAAAGAAAUGUAAUUUUCUAAUGCAAAAGUCAUUUGAAACUUAGAUAGCAUAUUAGUCCAUAAACUGUUGAACAUUUUUCUUAUAAUUAAUUUUUUGGUAUUUAUAUUUUCCUUUUUAAUGCACAUUUUAAAAUACUAUGUUCCUUUAGGGGUGUUUGUAUUAUAAUUUACUGACAGUAGAUGAAUAUUUUCCCUGAAUCAUGAUUUGAAGUUUUUUGUUAAUGUGAAAUAUUAAGAAAAAUGAAAAUGUGAAAAUUGACCAAUUGGACCCUUUAGUUUAGCAAACCUGAUUUGAGCCUUGUUGCUAAAAUAGAAUCAAAGAAUUAUACACUAGCCUAAUUAAAAAAGAACAAACAAACAAAAACCCCUCUCAAAAUAUGUUUUUUAACACAUUAAGGCCUGUCAUAAUUUUGUGUGCAUAGCACUUACUCAGUGUCAUCAGGUCUGUGCAUACAUACAUUGCUGAAGACAACCUCAGUUGUAGCAACAAGGCCUGACAUGUUAUAAAUGUGCCCUGGCCAGGAAUGGGCAAUGGAUGAUCUCAGCUAAAUUGACAUUAGCAAGCAGGAAUUUCAAAAAUUGCUUUUAUGUUUCAUUUAUAAUGUCUUCAUCUAUUGAAGAAAUAAACUUCCCAAAUUAGUUCAAAAUAAGCAAUAAAUUUCAAAGAGUGUCUGGUAUGUGAAAAAUUGUAUGCUGGGCAGUAAUGGGUGAGUUUUCUACCACACAUUUAAAUGUUUGAGAAUGGUAUCCUUCUUCAGGCUCUAAAUCAAGAAUCUAUUCGCUUUUAAAGUAAUGAAUAAAGAUUACUUCAUUUUAUGUGAUUGUUGUUGCUGAGCAACUUAUUCAUAAUCAAUUUUUGUGGAACAGAGAUUAUUAAGAGGCAAAUGCUCUGCUUCAUUCUACUGAUUUUUUUCUAUUUUAUUAUAAGUAAUUGUGUUUUAUUAUAAUUGUAUUUUAAAAUAUGUGUUCAUAAUUCUAAUUUUCAUAUCAUUCCUUUAAAUUAUUUCAUUUUAAAUGCGAAUUGAGUUAUUGUUACUAAAUUACACUCUACUGUACAUGAAAACUCUAUGUUCCAAAGGGAUACCACACAAAAGUUUUACAGAGAAACCAGGGAUUUAUUUUUAAAAAUAUUAUUAAUUUUUGAUAUUUUAUUUACUUCUUAUGGACUAGUGAUGUGCAUUUAAAUAUUUUGGUUCUUUAAAAGUUUUUCCUUCUGGAAAUGAAAUUGAAGUAAAUUACUUAUAGGUCAAAAAUAUCCUGUUUGUUGUGAAUUUUGAAAGCUAGUGUUGACUGAAGACAAGAAAUAGUUUUAUUAUAGUUUGUUAUUUCCAUUGACAUUCCAUUACAUCCAAGUUUGUGUUACUGAUAAUAAACUAGAAAAGUCAGUUGGUUUGAGGACAGAAAAACAAUUUUAUAAAAAAACAUAGUGGAGGUGAAGCAAUGGAAAUGUAGAAAAAUGGACUGAUAAAGGAGGCCUUAUAGUAGAUUUUGAGGUGACAAUUCAGUGAAAUAUUGUUGAAUGUUCAUCAUCUCUGCCAUGAUAAAGAUAAACUGCCUUGUGAAUGUGUGAUAAACAUGGGAUUGGCCUACUAUUGGAUAGAUUACAUAAUAUAUGCAAGCCAUUUGUGAAGCCAGUAAUAACGAAUGAUGAGAAUAAUUUGAUAUUUUUUUGUGACAUAGUAUUUGCAGUUAUGAAGUGUAUUGCAUAGAGAGUGUUUACAUUGUGUGUGAAAUAUAUUGGAGUAUUUGGCUGAUCUAGCAUUUGUCCUUAGAAAUGUAUUUAUUAUGACAAUAGAUAUUUUAUGAAAAACAUCACUUCAAUAUAUCAGUGGUUCUCAAAGUAAAACAUUCCAACCCUUGAGAAUGUGAAAUGACGUCUUGGAUCAUAAUGUGAUAUUGUUUUCUCUGAGUACAGAAAUGAACAUCAACAUCGUGAAUAUUUAUUCAAUUUACUGGAGAACAUGUUCAUUCACUUAAUUGAAACAAAGAUAUCUUGGUCAUUUUUUUUAUUUGUAGACAUGUAACAUCAACCCAAACAAGUGAUCAACACAAAAGUAAUGAAUAGUGAAAAAUGUUUUUAAUAAGUAACACUUUUACAACUGUUUAUUUCGUGUAUGGUCAACACUUGGAAGAUCAUUAGAUCACACUGGCAUACCAGGGGUAGAGGGAAUAUGAUUUAUAUGCAGAAAUAUAAUGUUAACUAAUUUUCUAUUCUAAUGAAAAUCAAUCGAUAUAUUAAGUUUAUCAUUAUAAAUAGUAACUAUAAAUCAACAAAUAAAAAUAUAUUUUAUACUCAGCAUAAAUGAAAAGUUCCUUAGAAGAAAACAUUAAGUUAUCUGGACACUAUACGUGUACCCUCCCCAUUCUGAAGAAAAAUUCUUGGUGAGCCUCUCUUGGUAAGAUCAUUUAAUUUAUUUUGCCACUGAAAAUUACUAAAUUUUGAUAUGAGAAUUUUUAACAAAAAUCCUGUUAUACCUGUUUUGCGAGAGAAGUGUGUAGGUAACACUCCCCAAAUCAAUAGAAUCAUGUAAUUAUUGAAAUAACAAAUGUUGAUGUUGUUUCUAAUGCUCAUUCUCAGAAUACAUAUUUACUGCCCACCUCAAACAAAAGUUGUAUUAAUGGUUAUUUUUAAAAAUAAUUCUUAGUAGUGUUAUAAUUUUUUCUACUCUACUUCUUAUGUAAAUGUGUGUUCACAUUUGUUGAAUAUGCUUUGGUGAACUCAAGAAUUGCUUAAUUGUGUAUUAUCAUGAAAGUUAAUUAAGUAUUCAAAGAUACAUAGUAUAAAUUAAAUAGUAAUUUUAAAAGGUUUGGCAUAAAGUCCAAGUGAAAUUAAAGUGUUUAUAAAAAUAUUUUCUUAUUACUUAUUAAUUGAAAUUAUUCUGACGUAGUUUUUAAUAUGGUUACAAGAAAUAUAGAAUUUACUUAAAUUCUCUCAAGGGUUACUGGAGGGGGUUCUCUCAAGGGUUACAUUUGGGAAUAGUUUAUCAUGUUGAUGCUUUUGACCGUGUUCUCUGUCAUGUAAGUGUCGUCAUUGUUAAAGACAAAUAUUGUAUUUUUAGGGAUACUGGGAUUUAUAUGAUUAUUAUGUAUUCAUUCCUAUUCAUUGUAAUGUCCUUCAGUAUAUGUGAAGUGCAACAAGCUUUUUUAUUGAGUAAACAGCUUUGGUAUUGGUGAAGUAGGGGGGUAUAGAAUAUAUUUACUCAUACAAAAAUGUUUUACAUUCUAGAACAUUGCCUGAUCAACAUCUUUUUAUAUA